CAGCCACCGUAGAACGGCAGAAAAAGCUCUCAAAAUAACAACAUCACGUUGGCUGCUUGUCAGAGUGAAACUCUUAUCUUCGGCUCGGUUAGCAAGCUCGCAGUUUCUUUCACAGCUCAUCAAAUGUACAGUUAGGCAGCCAACCUCUCUCUUGAACUGACAGCUUUAUGCUACAACAUGGAAUACCUUCUUCAGGUGAAAAUAGGCGCUCUGAUCGGUUUAUUGGUCCUAACUCUGCUUUUUGGAUUCAUCCCUGCUCGAGUCAAAUGGUUCAGAGACACAAACGGGACAGAAACCCACCGCACUGUUCUGAGUCUGAUCAGCUGUUUUGCCGGAGGGGUUUUCCUGGCAGCAUGUCUGCUCGACAUCAUUCCAGAUUAUCUGUCAGACAUCAACGCUGAGCUGGAUGCUCAGGAGCUGAAGACCGAUUUCCCGAUUCCAGAGUUCAUCAUUGCAGCCGGUUUCUUCAUGGUUCUCAUUCUGGAGAGGAUCGUCCUGAACUGUCGGGAAGUGAGAGGGGCUCAGGAGGAGAGGGCGCCCCUAAUACCGGACAACAGAAAUGGACACGGACACGGCCAUGGAACGAGUCCUGACCUGGAGAGCAGUGGCCAACAUGUCCAUGUUGACUUUCAGGCUCACUCCCCCUUCCGCUCCUUCAUGCUCUUCCUCUCCCUCUCGCUGCACUCAGUGUUUGAGGGUCUUGCCAUCGGCCUGCAAAACACAGACUCAAAGGUUUUAGAGAUCUGCAUCGCCAUCCUCGUCCACAAGAGCAUCAUCGUGUUCAGCCUGUCGGUGAAGCUGGUCCAGAGCGCGGUCCGUCCGUUAUGGGUGGCUGCUUACAUCGGGGUGUUCGCCUUGAUGUCGCCUAUAGGCAUCGCCAUCGGCAUCAGUGUGAUCGAGGCUCAGCUCGCUGCCGGAGCCAUGAUCCAGGUGGUCCUGGAGGGACUCGCUGCGGGGACGUUCGUUUACAUCACUUUCCUGGAGAUCCUCCCACAUGAGCUCAACUCACCCGGGAAGCAGCUCCUCAAGGUGCUCUUCAUCCUGCUGGGCUUCACCGUCAUGGCAACGCUGACGUUUCUGGGCUGAGAGUCUAUCAAUGUGGCAUCUGCAGCUCACACAAACUUGACUUUUGUACAGAAAGACAAACUUUCUUCAAUAGAAAAGAGGAGGUAGGUUUACUUCUGCACUGUUACACCCAACUCUGGAUAUUUUUUUUUGUCAAAGGGAGCAUGACAACAGAUGUUGGUGUUUUACUGCUUUUAUAAAGGAGAAGUUUGGAUGAUUUAUAUAUACAUCACUUCUUUUUAAGAGGAUUUUAUGUACAGAGGAACCACUCACUGCAAUGAUAGGGCUGAGAGAAGCACAGGGGAAAGAAGUGGCAUAUCACUACAACUCAUGCUCUGGACCUGCAAACAAAACCAGAGCUGCUGACCUUUGACACUAUUGAGGAAACUACUGAAAACAAAGGGUCCUGUUGUCUGUAUGUGAUACCCUGUAAUCAGCCCAGUCAUGUCAGUUUGUCAGUUCCUCCACAUCUUUAAUGUUUACAUUUUAAUUGAAUUCAAACAGGAACCUUUUUCUUUCCAAAAAGCACUGUUUGUACCUUUUGUUGAAGUAUUUCUUACGGUACGUUCUUUUCUCAAUUAGUCUGAUCACAUUUUCAAAUACACAUACAGUUUUCUUGUAUACCCUCUCAGGCCAUUUGGAGCGUUUAUUGUGCACGUUUUCAGCAAUUGACACUAUGCGCCCGCAUGAUGCAAUACAAGCAUGAACAGUAAAGGAGUAGUACUCACCAUUUUCACCACACACUUGAUUUAAGGUUGAUUUUUUGAAGAGGUACGGAGCUGUAAAACGUUUGGGACAAAUGGCUCUCUUUAGUGAGCUAUUAAUGGCGUUUCCUCUGAUGCAGGUUUAUUUGGUAAAACUGGAAUAUUAAGUUGUCCAGUAAACUAGUGUUUAAAUAUAAACUGACUUCCUGAUGCCUUAAGAAAGAAAGAGUGGCAAUGAGAAAAUAUGUGUGGUUUUUUGGUUACACUGAUGCACUUUUCCAGUAAAGUAUCAGGCAUUUCUUCACUAAUGAGCAAAGAUAAAAAAAAAUAUUGGCAUUUAACAGCCCACUAUUUAAACAAGCUGAUGCCUGUUAUUUACAUUUAGUUGACCUUUGUCCCAGUUUAGUCCCUUCUGUUUUGCCACUUUGCUGCUUUUUUAAAAACACAUUCUCCAUGUAGAGGUCGAGCUUUUCGGUUCUCUAAUUUUGAUUGUGGACAAACAUGAAGGCUGUUUAUAUCAGCUCAAAGAUAAGUGCAAGAUGCAUUCAUAUUUGAGUCAAGAAAUCAAACCAAGAAAAUCCCAGAACAGUUAAUUCAGUCUUAAACUAAGGUAUGGGCUGGGGGCCAAAGCCAAGAGAUACACACAGUGUACACAGUGUGUGGAAUAAACAAAGCCAGUGUUAACUUAAGAGUACAUGAAAAACACUGUAUAGGACACAGUUAAAAAGGCCCAGUAUAUCUGUGCUUUCAUCCUGAUAACACUCAACGUGAACUAGGACUUUAAGCUAUAUUGUAAAAAGUCUCAUUUAGUCACCAGUCUGUCAUGUGAACGUCAGAUUGCUUCCUCAUCAGAACAAAUAGCAGGAAGUUGGAGGGUAUGGGCUGGUUGUCAUAAAAAACUUGCACAUAUGUCAGCAAAAGUAAAUGACAUAUUUUGUGGCUAUUGUAAAAGUUUUUUUUUUUUAAAUCACAGUCAUCUGAUCAAGACAAACUAACAGGAUGGAACUGUUUUUUUGUUUUUUUACUGCUUUUACUGCUUUCACUCUGGUUGUUUUGCUUUUUGACAGAAUACUAACUGGUGCAUCAUAAUGUGUAUAAAUCAUUUGUUUGUACGGUACAAACACAUUAACUGCCUCUUUUUUUAAGCAGUCCUCCAUAUAUAUUAUUUUGUGCCUUAUCACUGUUAAUCAUAUGAGAUGACUCUCGUCUGUUGUGUAAAACUGAUCAGAGUAAAAUUAAAAUACAUUUUCUGCCUGUU